AAACAUUCAAAAUCCAUCGAAUAUCUAUUGGGUCUUCGAAGGGAACCUGGUGAAUCAAGAGGACAGAUUCUCGCGGAUCAGAAUGGCAUUCUGAAAAACGAAAUAACGUUUCAUGCAGCAACCAAAGACAACAGAUUCAAUCACAUCCCGAAAAAGCGUCAUGAACUGCAAACAACAGCAAAGGAAAAGCAUUGGGAAUCGGCAAGACCAAUAAAAGAAAAAACUCUUGAAGAGAUAGUACCGAAACGGAGAGGAGUACUGAAGAAUAGUCGCAUAAAGAAUCAUGGAAACAGUUAUGACGAAAAUAAAGUCAAACGUUAUGUAAUGCAACGUCCAGUGGCUCCGACUGUAACAAUUGAGGAUAAUCAAAUUGUACUGAAGGUUUGA